AUUUCGUCUCGUAUUUUGUAGAGAUAAAUGGUAUGUGGAUACAGCAGAGAAUUUGCCUUUUUUCUGUUAUUCAAACUAAAAGUGAAACUCAAAAAAACUAAAAAUAGCAGUAUGGCCUCUAGCAAUGCUGAUGACUGCUCACGUAAUUGGAAAUAGAGUGCAUAAUAAUCUCUUCUAUUAAAUUAUUUAAUAAGACAUAAAAUUAAAAAAAUUCCAUCUUUGAAUUUCUAAUUCAAAUCUGAAUCCCGGUUGCACAAAAAAAUUAUUGAAUUUCAAUUCAAAGUCCAGAAGGAGUUUUAGAGGAUUCAAAAAGGUCCGUUGAGCGCCUAUAUCUUAUGUCAUAAUAGAUUCGAACACUUGCCCCGGAUUAACUUCCGGAUCAUAAUUGUUCUAGUGAAUAACUAAAAAAAAAAAUUGGAAUAGAUAGAUGGGAGAUAGAAUAGAAAGAAACUAAAUAUAAAAAUCUCUCAAAAGUUCACUAAUUUUUUUAUAUUGGCAGGUCUCUUUGUAUGUGUUGUCCGGAAGGAGGAGGACUCAAUGAUUAUUCGUUCGCCGGAACCAGAAGUAAAGAUUUUGGUAGAUAGAGAUCCCAUAAAAACUUCUUUCGAGGAAUGGGCAAAACCCGGUCAUUUCUCAAGAACAAUAGCCGAUACUACUACUUGGAUUUGGAACCUACAUGCUGAUGCUCAUGAUUUCGAUAGCCAUACUAGUGAUUUAGAGGAGAUUUCCCGAAAAGUAUUUAGUGCCCAUUUCGGCCAACUCUCCAUCAUCUUUCUUUGGCUUAGUGGCAUGAAUUUCCAUGGUGCUCGUUUUUCCAAUUAUGAAGCAUGGCUAAGUGAUCCAACUCACAUUGGACCUAGUGCCCAAGUGGUUUGGCCAAUAGUGGGCAAAGAAAUAUUAAAUGGUGAUGUUGGCGGGGGUUUCCGAGGAAUACAAAUAACCUCCGGUUUUUUCCAGAUUUGGCGAGCAUCUGGAAUAACUAGUGAAUUACAACUUUAUUGCACCGCAAUUGGUGCAUUAGUAUUUGCAGCCUUAAUGCUUUUUGCUGGUUGGUUUCAUUAUCACAAAGCUGCUCCAAAAUUGGCUUGGUUCCAAGAUGUAGAAUCUAUGUUGAAUCACCAUUUGGCAGGAUUACUAGGACUUGGAUCUCUUUCUUGGGCCGGGCAUCAAGUACAUGUAUCUUUACCAAUUAACCAAUUUUUAAAUGCUGGAGUAGAUCCAAAGGAGAUUCCACUUCCUCAUGAAUUUAUCUUGAAUCGGGAUCUUUUGGCUCAACUUUAUCCCAGUUUUGCCGAGGGAGCAACUCCAUUUUUCACCUUGAAUUGGUCAAAAUACGCGGAUUUUCUUACUUUUCGUGGAGGAUUAGAUCCAGUAACUGGCGGUUUAUGGCUGACUGAUAUUGCGCACCAUCAUUUAGCUAUUGCGAUUCUUUUCCUGAUAGCUGGUCACAUGUAUAGAACCAACUGGGGGAUUGGUCAUGGUAUAAAAGAGAUCUUAGAGGCCCAUAAGGGUCCAUUUACAGGCCAGGGUCAUAAAGGUCUAUAUGAGAUCCUAACAACUUCAUGGCAUGCUCAAUUAUCUAUUAACUUAGCUAUGUUAGGCUCUUUGACUAUUGUUGUAGCUCACCAUAUGUAUUCUAUGCCUCCUUAUCCAUACCUAGCUACCGACUAUGGGACCCAACUAUCAUUGUUCACACAUCACAUGUGGAUUGGUGGAUUUCUCAUAGUUGGUGCUGCUGCGCACGCAGCCAUUUUUAUGGUAAGAGACUAUGAUCCAACUACUCGAUACAACGAUCUAUUAGAUCGUGUCCUUAGGCAUCGCGAUGCAAUCAUAUCACAUCUAAACUGGGUAUGCAUAUUUUUAGGCUUUCACAGUUUUGGUUUGUAUAUUCAUAAUGAUACCAUGAGCGCUUUAGGGCGCCCCCAAGAUAUGUUUUCAGAUACCGCUAUACAAUUACAACCCGUCUUUGCUCAAUGGAUACAAAAUACCCACGCUUUAGCACCGAACACAACGGCUCCUGGUGCAACAACAAGCACCAGUUUGACUUGGGGCGGUGGUGAUUUAGUGGCAGUGGGGGGCAAGGUUGCUUUGUUACCUAUUCCAUUAGGAACUGCAGAUUUUUUGGUCCAUCACAUUCAUGCAUUUACAAUUCAUGUAACGGUAUUGAUACUCCUAAAGGGUGUUCUAUUUGCUCGUAGCUCGCGAUUAAUACCGGAUAAAGCAAAUCUCGGUUUUCGUUUCCCUUGUGAUGGACCCGGAAGAGGAGGGACAUGCCAAGUAUCCGCUUGGGAUCAUGUCUUCUUGGGGCUAUUCUGGAUGUACAAUGCAAUUUCAGUAGUCAUAUUCCAUUUCAGUUGGAAAAUGCAGUCAGAUGUUUGGGGUACUAUAAGCGAUCAAGGGGUAGUUACUCAUAUCACAGGAGGAAACUUUGCGCAGAGUUCCAUUACCAUUAAUGGGUGGCUCCGCUCUUUCUUAUUGCCCUUAUGUGAUUUGAACCGGC